AUGCACACGUGUACCGCAUACAUUCGUUUGCUUUGCCUGUCGAUCAAUUGACCGUACCAAUCCGUGGAUAUACUGGCCUGCCAACCAGAGAGAGAGAUAGAGAGAUCUAUGGCGCUACCCACUGCUAUGCAGUUCUUGGUCCUCCUAUGCUUGGCAGCAGCAUCGGGGCUUAUCGCUGUCAUCCAUGGCCAGCUCGAUUCUCCAGGAUUCAUCAGCAUCGACUGCGGCAUCGCCGCGGACCGGACAUACUCCGACCAGUCCACCAGCGGCCUUCUCUACGUCUCCGAUGCCGGCUUCACCGACGCGGGGCUCAACGCCGGCGUCAAACCUCCCUACGACAGCCCGGAUAUGGCCGAGCGAUACCGCACCGUUCGCUACUUCCCCGGCAGCGCGCGCAGCUGCUACACGCUCCGGCCGGUCACGCCAGGCGGCAGGUACCUCGUCAGGGCCGCCUUCUACUACGGCAACUACGACGGGCUAAACAGGCUCCCCGCCUUCGACCUCCACCUCGGCGUGAACCGAUGGGCCACCGUGAACGUCACAGCCGCCGACGACAGGUACAUCCUCGAGGCGGUGGCCGUGUCGCCGGCCGACUUCUUGCAGGUGUGCUUGGUGAAUACAGAGUUGGGUACACCAUUCAUCUCUGGGCUUGACCUGAGGCUGCUCAGGGCAACCAUGUACCCGGACGCCACAGUCAAUCAGUCGCUUCUUCUGCUCAGCCUUGCCCGGCCGUCAGCCACAUUCGGUUUCAACCGAUAUCAGUUCUGGCCAGCCGGUUAUCCACUGUUCAGGACCCCCUUUGAUCCGUACGACCGCCUCUGGCAAAGAUUCGGGAAUGUUGCUGCAUGGACCAACAUAACAACCUCAGCCACUGUCGACGUCUCAAACAUCAGCAGCUUCGACAAGCCAUCAGUGAUACUGCAGAGUGCCGCCACUCCGGUGAACGGAACCCGUAUCGACUUCACAUGGAUCUCAGAUCCUACCAUGAACAAUGACAACUCAGCUUACAUUCUGUUGCUCUACUUCACGGAGUUACAGCGAUUGCCAAGCAAUGAACUGAGGCGGUUUGAUAUCCUUGUCGACAACACUACAUGGAAUGGCAGCCAGGGCUUCACCCCAAAGUACCUCUCUGCAGAGAUUGUGAAAAGGAUGGUGCAGGGAUCGGGCCAACACACUGUCUCGCUUGUUGGCACACCAGAUGCCACACUUCCACCCACCCUGAAUGCAUUCGAGAUAUACUCCGUAAAACCAAUGACUGAACUUGAGACAAAUGAUGUGGAUGCUAAGGCUAUGAUGACAAUUCGCACAAAGUAUGCACUGAAGAAAAAUUGGAUGGGUGAUCCUUGUGCACCAAAAGCAUUUGCAUGGGAUGGCUUGAACUGCAGUUUUCCAUCAUCUGGUCCUGCAUGGAUAACAGCUCUGCGAUUGUCAUCGAGUGGGUUGACUGGUGAUGUUGAUUCUUCUUUUGGAGAUCUAAAAUCCUUGCAAUACCUGGACCUGUCAAAUAAUAGCCUGUCUGGUCCAGUGCCAGAUUUUCUAGCACAAAUUCCAUCACUGACAUUCCUUGAUUUGUCAAGCAAUAAACUCAGUGGAUUGGUACCUGCAGUUCUACUAGAAAAGCGUCAAAAUGGAUCUCUUGUAUUAAGGACUGGUAACAACGCUAAUCUGUGUGAUAAUGGUGCUUCUACCUGUGAGCCGGAGAAAAAGAAAAGCAACAGAACACUUGUCAUUGCAACAGUUGUUCCAAUAGGAGUAGCAACUCUACUGUUUGUGGCAGCAUUAUUUAUCCUCCACAGACUGAGAAAAAGACAAGAUACAUGGAUGGCAAACAACUCAAGGCUUAACAGCCCACGAGACGGAUCAAACAUACUUGAGAACAGAAAGUUCACCUACAAGGAGCUGAAGCUAAUGACAGCUAACUUCAGAGAAGAAAUAGGACGAGGAGGAUUUGGUGCUGUCUUCCUAGGAUAUUUGGAGAAUGAAAUUCCAGUUGCAGUCAAGAUGCGUUCAAAAACAUCCUCUCAGGGGGAUAAAGAGUUUUUAGCUGAGGCUCAUUAUUUGACUAGAGUUCACCACCGAAACCUGGUUUCCUUAAUUGGAUAUUGCAAGGACAAGAAACAUCUGGCCCUUGUCUAUGAAUACAUGCAUGGAGGAAACCUAGAGGACCAUCUAAGGGGAGAGGCCUCUGCUGCUACACCCCUCACUUGGCAUCAACGUCUCAAGAUUGCUCUCGACUCUGCCCAAGGAUUGGAGUAUCUACAUAAAUCAUGCCAACCGCCACUGAUCCAUAGGGAUGUGAAGACAAAGAAUAUUUUGCUAUCUGCUGAUCUUAAAGCGAAGAUAUCUGACUUUGGGCUGAUGAAAGCGUUUACCGAUGAGUUCAAGACCCACGUUACCACCCAGCCGGCAGGUACCCUCGGGUAUCUUGACCCUGAAUACUACAAUACAGCUCAGCUCAGUGAGAAGAGUGAUGUAUACAGCUUUGGAGUUGUGCUCCUGGAGCUUAUCACAGGCCAGCCACCGGCAGUCCCCAUAAGUAACACUGAGAGUAUCCACGUUGCACUAUGGGUUCGCCAGAAGCUCUCGGAGGGUGACAUUGCAAGCAUAGCUGACCCGAGGAUGGGAGGGGAGUAUGAUGUCAACUCUGUCUGGAAAGUUGCAGAGUUGGCACUGCAAUGCAAAGAACAGCCAUCACGGGAGAGACCAACGAUGACUGACGUUGUGGUGGAGCUCAAGGAGAGCUUGGAGCUGGAGGUCUCCCAUGCAAUGGGCUACUACAGCUCAACCCCGAGCAGCUCAAUCAAUCUCAACGCAACAAGUAUUGACUUGUGUAGUGAUGCUCAACCAAGUGAUCAUCCAGGACAAGAAGCUGCGCUUGAGUUGAAACAGGAAGGCAUUGCAUCAGCAACUCAUAUAGGUCCUGCACAAAGAUGAGACCAACCGUUCAACUUUCGAUGUUUUAAGGGUCUAGGGUUUGUAUAUAAGCCGGGGAUGCGUCAUAAAUAUAUGUAUUCUGUAAUUUGAGCUAUUAAACAGGUAACUAAUCUCCCAACUCUAUAGACUAUACAUAUCGAUGUCGUGAGCUCAGUGUGAGGGAAUGAAGAUGCAAUUUCAAAAUGGAGCUAGAUGUCUAGACGUAUAGAAUACUAAAUCAAUAAUCACUCAAACUGUGGCAGAAAUGUUUGGAGCAGAUAGGAAAACAAAGAAAAUCAAGAAUCAACGACCAAUGUGGCCCUGCUUGUCAUGGUAUUCAGUUAUAUCACCGAAGAUUUAUAUGAUCAGGUUCAUUUAUAUUUCACUAUCAGUUAAGUCAGGGACACAAACAAAUACAAGUAUCUUAUGGCAUCUUUGUGAUGGAACAAAUCCAUGUUAUAAG